CCUCAAGGCCGCGGGGUUUGGUUGCACAUAGGCUGCAGUUUCAGUUUGUUUUAUUCACCAUUUUGAGUAGCUGAAGGUAAAAAAAAAUAAGAAUAUUUGCGUUUGGAGGACAAGUCGCUGCUGCACUUUUAUUUUCACGCGCUAGCUCGGACGGUGGAGUCGUGCGUCAGCCUCGCUCCUCCUCGGUGUUUUGCAGAGCGGGAACCUAUAUUUCUUUUUUCCCCCCGUCGCUUUUUCUUCUCCCCCCUUUUCUUACAUCCUUAACCUCUACAGUAUUCCUGCAAAAUGUCAAGACCAGUGAGGAACAGGAAAGUGGUGAACUACUCACAAUUCAACGAGUCUGACGAUGCAGAUGAGGAGUAUGGUGAUGAUAAGCCUAAGAAGGUGCGCGCAGCCCCUCGUGAGCCAAAGCACAAGCGCUCAAAGAACUCACAGGAUGACAGCGAGGACUCUGAUGAAAAGCUCUCCAAAUCCAAAAAUGAUUCAGCCGAUGACUUUGGCAGCGAUGAGGAAGACAACGACUUCGGAGAGGAGGAGGAUGAAGACGGAGGAAGCGACUACGAAGAAAAAAGAGGGAAAAAGGGAAAGAAAGCCAAGGUGGAGAAGCCUACCAAGAGGACGCCGAAGAGAAAACGGGCUGCAGAUGACAGCGACGACGACAGGGAAGUGAGUCGAAAGCGUACAGUGCGCCAGGCGGCCUCCAAGGCUGUGUCCAAACAGAGGGAGAUCCUGCUGGGCGACGGAGGCAGUGAGGAUGAGGAGCGCGAAGACCAAGAGGAGCCCUACAUGGACCCCGACGAGUCCGGCAGCGACGAGGACUUCAUGGUGGAGGAUGAUGAUGACAGUGACUACGGUCACUCCAAGAAGAGAGGCAAGAAGGUGAUCCGACGGGGACGGCCGGAAAAGAAGGAGAAGAAAUCCCCCAAACCCCGACUAAAGGCCACAGUGACCCCCAGCCCAAUGAAAGGCAAGGGGAAAGGGCGCCCCAGCGCCAAGGCCCUGGAGAAGAGCUCACCCAAAGAGGAGGAAGAGGAGGACCCUGAGAGUCCCCUGGAGGAGGAAGAGGAGGAGGCAGAGAAGAAGGAGACCUCCCCCACCCCCAAGACGACGAAGGAGGCCGCAGGAGGGGAGGAAGAGGAAGAAGAUGAAGAGGAGGAGGACGGCUCAGAAGAGGAGGCACCCUCUGGAGAAGACUAGAAGAUGGUACCGAUUGUUACCCAUCCUCGAUGUCUCUCUCUGUCUCUUCUCAAGUUUUUGUUUCUUUUGUUGCUCUGCGUUUAGAGUUUUUAUUUUCUUUUUUUGUCGUUUUUUUUUUUUUUUGUUUUGUUUUCCUCCUGGUGGCCUGGCUCAAUGGUUUGGACUUGAUGUGCUUUUUCUUUAUUUUGCUCCCCCUCCCCCCCUCCCUUCCCCCCCUCUUCCCCCUCCAACCACCAGUUCUCCCCCCAGCCUGGACCUUGUCUGUCACAGUAGCUCAAGACAUUGUGCUCAUAUGAUCAUCCGCCGUAUGUAAGGAGUUUAUCGUAUUCUCAACACUCAGCUUCACUCCCUCCCCUCCCGUCUUCAUCACUCACAGUCCGCAUUUUAAAGUUUCACAACAGUGCGACGAUUCUGAAACAUGUCCACAGAUGAUGUUAGUUUCUGGCUUUCAAAGAGCAUCCGUCCUGAGUGUGAACAGACUAGUUCACUCGUGUUUGUGUUCUCCUCCCUUUUUUGGAUUAUCAAUGACUGAUUCCUUCCUGUUUACUUUUACUGAUGUCUGUGAUUACUGGGAGUAUUGUUCUGAGCCUCCUGGUAUCAGUAACUAAAGCGCUGUAUUUACACAGUCAACAAGCGCCGGGCUCACGCCUUCGCUCUGUCCCUUUAUCCUCUCUUUGGUACUUUGUGCUUUUAAACAUGGAGCAUGUUUUAACAGGGCAGUGCGAGGUAGUUGUUUUAAAAAAAAUCUUUUUGCAAUGGUUCAUUCAGUUAAAGCUGUAUUUUUUUUUUUUUUUUUUUUUUUUCAAAUUUUAUCACCCAGCUUGUUUCAGACUUUAUAUCCAUGCCCUCAACUCUUGUCGCGCGGCUGUUUUUCUGUAGGCGCAGCACAAGAGAAUGAAAUAAAGCGAGUUAUUUAGAGAAGUAUUCUUGCAGCCGCUGCUCCGUAGAUUAAGUAAAGGCGCGUUACACAGACUGGUGGUUGGCGGGUCGCCGCUGAGUGUUCGCUACAUGCCGGACUGCCACUAAUCACAUGUGACGAGCCAGCAUGUGUGUGUGUUUUUAUGUACUUGUUUGAAUUUGUAUGCUUGUGUGGGGUACUUCCUGUGAGAGGGUCUGGCUUCUUUUUUUUUUCUUUUUUUUUUUUUCUCUCAGCCUCCCAUCAGCUGCCUAUGUGAAAUCUCUUAUGUCGGGCUUUCAGAUGAUGCACCAUGCUACGUGAAGCUACCCCUGCCCUCCCCCUCUUUUCAAAAACAUACAACCCCCCCCCCCCAAGAAAAAUCCCUGCAUGGCCACAGCAUCUUCUCCACAGUCAACCCCUUGUGCCAGGCACCCCCCCCCCUAAAAUCUUUAUUUUUUUUUGUUUUUAUUUCUAAGAAAUGCAAGAAGAGAUGUUUCUUUUUUUUUUUUUUUUUUUUUUUUUUCUUUUGAGAGUCCAAAAAAAAAAUGAAUGUUGUUUUUUCUCCUGUUGGUUCAUUGUUCUAAUUCUCUAUUCAGAUUUUUUUUGUAAUGUUUGUUUUUUAAAAAAAGAAAUAAAAUGUAUCUUGAUUUUAAAGAAAAAAGUCGACCCUACUCAAUCUGUUCUGCCUGAUGGUUGGCCUGUGGGGUGAAGAACAGACCAGCCAUCCCUCCUGUAUUUACUCCCGUCCUUUCUUUCACUCUUUUUGCAAACAACACACCCCCCCCACCCCCCUCUCCCUCCUUCUCCCAGUCCCAUCAGCUUAAUGGUUACUGUAGGUAUCCAUGCUCAUUUGUUUCUCAGAGCUUUUUGUUGCCCACAUUAGAGAUAACUCAUACAGAGGUGUGUAUUUCACAAGCGGAACCAUUUUAAAAUUCAGAUGUAAAACGGCACUGAGGCGAUGACGUGUAACAAUUACUUCCUGUGCGAACACACACACACAGGCUGUAUCCAGAGAUCAGCCCUAGGCAUUCAUUUGUCUAUCAAUGCCUUAAUUUUCAUUGAGUUAAGAGUUUCAGCGGUGGCUCUGAAAUCAUCACUGGAGGCCUGAGAAUGUAAUCUGUCCUCAUGUUUUAGGUCUUUGCUACGAGCGGCAAAUUAGGCUUAGAACGAGUCAACAAUAUGUACGAUCAGCAGACCAUCCAAAGCCAUAACCGAUCUCAAAACUAGUGACUUGGAGAUCAGGUGCAGCACUUGCGAGAUUGUCCUCUUUUUGUGAUACGUAGUGUUUGAUGUCAAAGCAAAAACAAAAAGCAAAAAAAAAAAAAAAAAAAAAGAGAGAGGAAAGCUGCUAUUGUGAUCUUGGGAACAUGGAUUCGUUUAUUAGAUGAAAUUCAGAGAAUAUUCUUCUGAUUUCAUCCCAAGGCCACAAUAGAAACCAGUCCUGGAUGCGUUCAGGACACACUGGAACCUAGUCGGUUCAGAAGCACAUUGGAUUGUUUUAUGACUGUCCUUAUUAGCAGGUUAGUGUGUUUUUUCUACGUUCGGAUCCUAAAUUGACACCCAAUCCUUAAUAACGUCUGGCAUUUUAAGACGAUUGGAUAUGAAUAAUAAAAUAAAUUUGAAAAUAAAAACCUUUAUACAGUCUAAUGCUCAGAGAGCUGUUUGCAGUAGGAUCAGACACUGUCUUGUAGUUCACUACACUGAGGGCUUGAAUGAGGCUCCUCUCCAUCAUCCCAUAGGAGGCACAUGGCAUAAGGCUAUGAAUUUCUCCUCUUUUCAUCCAUUCUACAAUUUCCUCUGUUGUACUGUUUUGUUUUUUUUUUUGUUUUCUAUAUACCUUCAGUUGUACUGGCAAUGUAAAUGUAAGCCAAGUUGUGAUUCCUACAGGGGCCGAAGUGGAGAAGCUUUUGUCAGUAGUGUGGAAAAGGAACGCUGAACUCUUGAAUCUUUUGCAUGUUGUGGAAAAAGUGCGAAGCGAUGAUGAUGAUGAUGAUGAUGAUGAUGAUGCUGGUAAUGGCAAUAUUGUGGUCUUACAAAAAAAAGUAUUAACGACAAUGUUGAUAAUGUUUUGGUUUCCCAGCUUCUAAUAAAGGCAACCUACUUUUUA